AUGUUGCGUGUGCGGCCGAGCAACGCGGGUCCCGGGAGCGCGGCGGCGGCGGGCGGCAUGAGCGGGGCGGGGGGCGCGGGCCGGGCAAUGGCCGCGCUGCUGCUGGCCGCGUCCGUGUUCAGCGCCGCACUGCUGGCCCCCGGCGGCUCCCCGACGCCAGACUUAGGAAAAAAAAGGCGCUUAGAGCUGAAGAUGGACCAGGUUUUGCUGCUCAUCCAUAAUGAACUGCCUGGGACAAACUUUACCGUCUACUGGAAUUUCGAUCGCUGUUAUCAUUGCCUGCUCCAGGUCCUGGUCGACGUCUCCCAGAGCAGGAAACCCGGGGAGCCCAGCGUUGAGGCCGUGGCUGUGAGCACCCAGCACGGAUCCAUCCUGCAGCUUAAUGACACCACGGAGGAGAAGCAAGUCUGUAGGCUGGAAUACAAAUCUGGAGAAUUUGGAAACUGUUCUCUCUUGGUAAAGCACACCCAUGAUGGAGUCAAUGGAAUUGCGUGUGACCUGGUCGUUAAUGAGAAGCCAGUUGACAGUAACCUUCCCGUGAGUAUCGCGUUCCCUGUUGGCCUGGUGCUCAUCAUUGUGGUGUCCUUUCUAAGGUUCUUGCUGAGGGAAAUUUAUUAA